CGAGAUUCAAAAUGUCUGCCUCCAUGUGUAAACAUGCGUUAAUAUUGCAUUAUAAAAGUUCAGUUUCGUAUUUAGAAAGGCGUAUUUUUCGGCGACCGCUACUGCUAAUUUAUAGACAUAAAUUUCAUGAAGGCAUUAAAAGUGCAAGUUCAGAUGCAAUCCGCGGAAGCGAACAAAACCAAGAGCAUGAUAGUGGAUUCAAUCGGCGGACUGGUCGAUACAUUUGGAAACGUUCAACUUCACGGCGUAAUUCUCCAACACCAACCCAACAGAACACCGUGGACCGUAACCCUAAUCAAGUCGAAGAAGAUUUCUUCGGAAUUACGCAGUUUGAAAGUGUGCGUGUCGCGCACGAAGAGAAUCAAGAAUCGACUAGAAGCACACUGCAGAACACAUCGAGCCUUGCAGAGAGGUUGCGUCAAAAAUUAGGCCUACAACGUGACGCCGAGCCUGGCGCUGAAGACCAGAAAGUGUAUAAAACAUCUUUUGGCUAUGUGAGAUAUGACAGCGAUAACCAGGUUUCAUCAAGACGCCGUGUUACAGAAUGUACUGACGUUAGGCAGUCAUAUUCAGGCGGAGAUAAAACUGAAGCCACGACAGAAGAUACAAACAUGUCACCACUCACAAUGUCAGCAGAGUUAACUACAUCUCGGGUUGGUGAGAACACAGUUAAUGGAAAUAUGAAAACUGAGGAUACUGGAGAUCUUAACCCACUUGAUGAACAGUACUUUGCAUACCAACCCUCAACAGGUUCAGAUGAAAAACACACUUGGUCACAUCACGAAACCAGUUUACCUGAAACUGAAGCCGAGAAAGGAAAUCAACCGAAAGAUUUGAACCCGAUUGAUGAAUAUUACUUUGCUUAUGAGCCUUCAACACGGCAGGUGGAAAACCAACCUGAAGUCAGCAGCUGCAAUGACCAUACAAACCAUUUCGCUGAAACUGCUAUGCAAAAAAACGAUGUGGCUGAAGAUGGCAACCUGUUUGAUGAACAGUACUUUGGCAUGGUAGGAACGGCGAUGACCAGAAAGACUGAAUCGAAUAGCCAGUGUGACAGUUAUGACUUCAAUGGCAGGGAGUCACGAGUUGCAAGUGACCGGAAAUUUGCAGAAAGACAUUUCAGUGCAGAAGAAACCUCGGCAGGGGAAGAAGCUGGAUCAUUUAACAAACUGUACUCAGACAGUCCCACUGAGAUCAAUAAUACUGACGUGACUGAUCAGCAGCAUAACCAAACCGAAUUGGCAGCAAGAAAUCUCGAUGAGAAAGCGGAAACCAUCCUGACGCCAGCUUUAACAAAAGAAGAGCUCAGAAGAAGGUUACGACCUAAGCCUGACCUUGAAAAUCCCAAAACAGCCUUUGAUAUGGCAAUGAAAGUAAGAUCUGAGCUAAAACAUCAAAAAGGUAGCCAGAAGCAGCAAAUAUUAGGACAAGAUAUUCCUGAUGGUGUGAAGUAUGUUGGUAAAGAAAAACUUGAUAGCAAGGGCUUCAAUAUUUUGACCAAUCAAGUACAAGAUUUGACAUGGCUUUCGGAAGAUGAUGUUUACAGAAAGCUGUGGUCAAAUAUUCUUUACAAUGACAAUGAAAUAGUUGCGUUCAACAAACCGUAUGGCAUUCCCGUUCAUGGUGGAAAAGGAGUUCACCACAGCGUUGAUAAGUACUUGCCUCGCAUCGCCAAAAAGUUGGAUAGUGGUCGUGGCAUUAUCGAUCAACUCUAUCUCCUACAUCGGUUAGACCAGAAUUGCACUGGAGUUUUGGUUUGCGCCACCACCCAAAAAAUGGCGCAUCGAGUCCAGGAGAUGUUUAAGACAAAGGACAUCAUCAAGAAGUACUGGGCAAUAACGAUACGUGUUCCGGAUCCCCGUGAGGGCAUCAUUAACAUACCGAUGGCUGAGGGAACUGUGGACGGGAAGUUCAGGAUGACGUUGAAGCCGGAAUGGGAUGAGGAAAAGAGGGCAGUUAUGCAGCACAGUUAUGUGCGCACACAUGCGGCCCUAACCGAAUACAGAGUGCUUGACAGUAGCAGUAAGGCUGCCUUAGUGGAAGUGCAACCCGUCACAGGGGUGAAGCACCAGAUUCGUUGUCAUCUAUCAUUUGCUCUUAGCUGUCCUAUCCUCGGUGACCACAAAUACUCAAACCUUGGAAAACUGGUUCCUCAGAGGCUGCCUGCGGAGUUGCUAACCCGACUGCACAUCAGACAGGCGAAGGUGCGUCAUGUGGCGAUGCACCUCCACGCAAAGUCGAUCGUCAUUCCCGAGGUGUUCGAUGGGAAGAACGUGGUCAUCAACUGCAAUCUGCCAAGUCACUUUGCACAGAACAUGAAGCGCUUGAAGCUCAAACCACCAACGUGGUGAUGCCGUCCAAGUCUUGGAGAUGUCGACUUCGGAAAUUUAUCGAUGAGACGUUGCACAUAUAGAGAGCGUGCAUGUGAUUUCACUGGUUAAAUAAUUUGUGGUUAUACUUGGAUAUAGCUGGAAAUAAUAGUGACUACCUUCAGUGUAAAAUGAUUGUGCUUUUAUUAGUGUAAGACAUUUCAGUUUUACAGAUGCACGUAUCUGCGGCUGUGUUUAUUAUGAAGUGGUGUAGUCAAUAAUAAAGGUCUUGUAAAAAUAAAUGCUGUAUAUAUUA